AUAGUAACUUGAGCAUUAAAAUUGACAGUACUUAAAAGUUAGCUGCCUACGAACGAAUGCAUAUCAUCAUGACACAUGAUUCAGCAUGGAUGUGUCACGUUAAACUAAAGUAACUGCUUAUAUAGACCUUAACAACGCAACAACAACGGCCUGUCAAUAUUAAGAUUCAACCUCUCAUUAGUCACCCUUUAGUUAAGCUAAACUAAGGUCGCACUUCCUUCCUUCUUCAACUUGUACGUGCAUAUGCGUCUUCAAGCAACCCUAGUUCUAAAUAUCUAAUCGUGUAGUGUUGUCAGUUAGUUUUUUAACACGUUGGAGGAGGAAACUGUUGUCAGACUCCUCGAAGGAUCAACUUUCAGUUUCAAACGUCGUCUACAUUACCAUUUGCUCUCUUCAUCUGUUGUAGAUUUGUCACUAUUUGUGGGGGUAAACCUAAGACAGAAGUGAAGGGAUUUCACAUUUUUCAUCCUUUUACGCUCACGUGAAAAAGUGCGUGAAAAUGGAGUGCAAAGCAAUGUGCGGAAAUAAACUGGGCUCAGACCUGAGUGAAAUCUUGGAAAAGCGACAGGCUCGAAGUGAGCUAUCUGAAGAACAAGCGGAAAGCAUUCUACAGCAAACGCAAGACACGAUUGAUCACUCGAGAAUGCUCUCGAGGAAGGAAGUCAAGGAGUACAAAAAGCUAUUCUCGAGAUUUGACCACGAUUUAGAUGGCUUUUUGGACAUCGAAGACAUGAAAAGAAUGAUGGAAGACCUCGGUGCCCCUCAAACUCAUUUGGCUUUGAAGAAGAUGAUAAAAGAAGUAGACACAGAUAAUGACGACAAAAUUAGUUUUAAUGAAUUUCUCCUCAUCUAUCACAAAGCCAAGGCGGGUCAGCUAGAGGUUGACGGCGGACUUCAUGCUUUGGCGAAGAUAACAGAGGUGGAUAUCACUGAAGUGGGGGUUGUUGGAGCCAAAGGCUUCUUUGAAUCAAAGAUUGAACAAUUAAAAGCACAAAACAAAUUCGAACAGGAAGUAAAAAAUGAACAAGAAGAAAAGCGCAAGGCUGAAUCGGAAAAGAAACAAAAGCGUAUGGAAUUUGCACAAAAGUAUGCAUUUUUCGAACAAGUUACACUUACUCCAGGGCCCGCACAAUAAUUUCAUGCAAUGUGUAAAUUAUAUAGUCAGUCAGGCACCGUAGUUCAACUCUCAUUAUUAUUGCUUCAAACUAUUUACUGUCGAUUUUUAAAAAUUGUAUAUUUCAAUUAUGGUUCCAUAUGGGAUCAUUUUAUAUGAUUAAUUUUACGAGGCAAUAGAAUAAUAUUUCUUGGAUGUCUAAUCUCAAAAGCGUAUGCAAAUAAUUUUAUAAUACGUAUUUUACUAUUGUGUAGUCUAACAUUCUCUGAAGUGCAAUAAAAAACUUCAUUUUUAUCCAA